AUGGAUGAUCCAGUGGCGGAGAUUCCAGACAUCAUCCGAGCUUUAUGCACAGCAUCACCAGAUACCCAACGAGAUACUAUUGAGUCAUACUUCACAUCCACGGCUUCAUUCACUCAUCCAUUCUGCCGGACAGGCAGUAGUACAUGGUCGAGGUGGCUUAUCGCCCAGAUCUAUCGUUGGUACAAGAUCCUCAGCCCUCAGAUUGAUGUUUCGGUCGAUAGUGUGGCGUUCGACGAAGAGAAGCUACUGCUUUACGUCUCCAUUCAUCAGAAUUUCAAGAUCUGGCUUGUUCCAUUUUACAAUGCACCCGUCAACUUGGUCACAGUUCUGCAGCUUGUCAAAGGCUCGACGUUGCUUGGCUCAGAAUCAAGCACCGUUUAUGACCCCGACCACUUGAAGGGCAACAACCUUGAUGACAUCGCAAAUACAACAAUUUUACCGGAAUUUGAACGAGUAGACACCACUCCCAACAAAGGCAGGAAGAAAGUGGUCAUCAUCAGCCCCCUUAAUGCCAAGAAGAAGUCGACCGCCAUCCCAACUCACAACAAGUUCAGCGUUCUUGCCUCUCCUCCAUCUCCAUCUCCCAAUCUCGCAACGUCCAGCUCGGACGGCAGCAUCCAACACGAGCAAUAUUACAUCCAGUCACAAAACGAUCUGUACCAGACGAGUGAAUGGAUCAAGUUCCUCUUGCCUUGGGGUCUUGGGGACUUGCUCAUGGUUCUCUGGCAGUUUUUGGCCACUUUCAUGUGUGUCAUUGGUGCACUAGCCUAUGAUCUGAUCGGCACCCCAAGAAGGGCAUAUGGUAGAAUACUUGACAUUGGUAAAGAGAUCAGCCUAGAUGCUGACUAG